AUGCCGGGCCAAGACUCCCUCUCGGUGUACGAGAAGAAGCACAAGGUGACCGUUGUCGGCUCCGGCAACUGGGGUUCCACCAUCGCCAAAAUCGUCGCCGAGAACACCAAGGAGCACCCGGACCUGUUCGAGCAGGAGGUGCAGAUGUGGGUGUACGAGGAGGAGGUGACGAUACCGAAGGACUCGCCAAACUACGACUCCUCCAUGGGCGACAAGCCCCAGAAGCUCACCGAGAUCAUCAACAAGUACCACGAAAACGUCAAGUAUCUGCCCGGCAUCCGCCUGCCCGACAAUGUCAGGGCGAACCCCUCAGCCCAGGACGCUGUCAAGGACGCCUCCAUCCUCAUUUUCAACCUGCCGCACCAGUUCAUCGGCAACGUCUGCAAGCAGAUUAAUGGUCACAUCUUGCCGUUUGCCCGUGGUAUCUCGUGCAUCAAGGGAGUCAACGUCUCAGAUGAGGGAAUCUCGCUCUUCUCGGAGUGGAUCGGCGACGGCCUGGGCAUCUACUGCGGUGCGCUCUCCGGCGCCAACUUGGCUGGUGAGAUCGCGCAGGAGAAGUGGAGCGAGACGACAAUCGCGUACGACCCGCCGCCCAUGGAUCACUCCCGCGCUGCCUCCCCGAGGAGCACCUCUCCCGUGCGCGACGGCGGCGCCCCGGACCUGACCAUCACCCCGGCCGACGUCCAGCAUAAGGAUGCCAAGGGCAAGGCGAGCAAGACGAAGCUGACCCCCAUGCCCUCCGACUACCCGCCCCUGGACCACGAGACCUUUGCCAAGCUCUUCCACCGCCCCUACUUCCACGUCAGCAUGGUCUCGGACGUGGCCGGCGUGUCCCUCAGCGGUGCGCUGAAGAACGUUGUCGCCCUCGCCGCCGGCUUCGUCGAGGGCCGCGGCUGGGGAGACAACGCCAAGGCGGCCAUCAUGCGGGUCGGCCUGAUGGAGAUGGUCCAGUUCGGCAAGGAGUUCUUUGGGGAGACGGUCAAGACGGCCACCUUCACCGAGGAGAGCGCCGGCGUGGCCGAUCUGAUCACCUCGUGCUCGGGCGGCAGAAACUUCCGCUGCGCGAAGCUGUCCAUCGAGAGGGGCGUCAGCGUGGAAGAGGUCGAGAGGACGGAGCUCAACGGGCAGAAGGUGCAGGGCACAACGACGGCCAAGGAGGUCAACAACUUUUUGAAGGCGAGGGGGUUGGAGAAGGAAUACCCGCUGUUUACGGCUGUCAUUGGUGAGCUUUCUUGGUCUUGUCCCCCCCAGACUGAUAGUCAGUCAGUUGCUAACAUCAAUCAAUCAACAGGUAUCCUCGAGGGCAAGCAUGGCGUCGAUGAUAUUCCGAGCCUGGUCGCUAGGUCUGCUCACGGUUUCAAGAAAUGA